AUGGAGCCUGGCAUGGAGGCGGAGACGUUGGAGUCGAGGAUCAGUGAGUGCGGGGGGGAGGGGCCCCCUCGGGGAUUUCUAGCCCCACCCGGAGCCGCAGGUGCUGGUCCUGAGGGGAAUCGGUGCCCUGGGCCUAACGCUCACCGGGGAACGGAGCUCGGGAGCUCUGGGCCAGGUAGCAGCCCAGACGCCCCCCUUCUCGCUUUUGUUUCCUCGCGAAUCGCCGGGAUGCUUUGCUCCCCGGCCCCGACCCACACAGUUCGUAACGUGCGAAUGUGCAGGCGUGUCCCAGGAAUACGCACCCCAAGUAAAAUGCUGUUGGAUUCAGUAGGCUUGCUCUGCAGUCAAGCGCACCUAGAAUUAUUAUUUUCCCCAUUUCAUUUCCAAUUGGUAAACCGCCUUUUUACAUUACCAUACUCAAGGCGGUUUACACAUGCACACAACAAAGAUCACACACCUUAUAACGAUCUGAUCCAGUGCAAAAAAAAAAAAAGUCAUAAUAAAAACAACUUUCAAAUGUGCGCAGCCACUGAAAGAGAGGGGAAGAGACGCCUCUCCUACCACACUCUUGUCAGCUCUGGUGGUAAAGUAGCAAGAGGUGCUUAAAAUACAUUCAGAGACAUAGGCAAUACCCAGUGAAGUCAUACUUGAAAGUUAAGUCCACUGAUCUCCCUGGUUCUGCACUUGAGUGUGAGUAAGAUUGGAUAUCACCCAUAAUUUGCACUUGAAUUGACAGGGAAAGAGUCAUUAGCUUGGGCUAACAAUCGACCCCAAAAUGAAGUGGACAGGUUUCAUUUGGGGGCUAUCUACUUUGAAGGUCUACAUCCAUUUCACACGAGAGUGAGUUCUGGUCUGUGAAAACUUCUGUCACAAUAUGGUUGUUGGUCUUUAAGCUGUAUAUCUUUUCUAGAGCUUCUUUCUGCCCCUUUUAUUAUCUAUCCAUACUGAGAUCAUUGUGUCAUUCUGUUCUCCAAAGCGGCUUCAUUAAUGCUUUAAGAUUAACCUAGUUGGUUGAUCAUUAUAUAAAGGCAUGUUGUUCUUCUUGUGCCAGAAGAUUGUUGAUUAGGUAUACCAAGAUGAAAGCAAAAUAACAAACAAACAAAACCCAGUGUAGUUAUUUUGGCUAUGGUGAGCAUCUGGUCCUUAAUGCAGCUUCAUUUCACUUCAUUUUUUUAACAUGAUACUUAAUAAUGUAAGCUGGUGAGAAUGUGGGUAUGUCAUCUUCCCAAGAGCUGAGGAGCUAGACUGAACCACUCUGUCCUCCAGUCCCAGAUCUCAUUCAUGAUCAUAUGAAGCUAUCUAGAUUGAGUCAUACUGUGGAUGGCACUCGCAGAUCUUUUCUAAUCCUGCUUUGAAAGAGCUUUCCAAGCAGUGGUGCUAGGGAUUGAACGUGGGACUUUUUGCGUGCAAGACAUGUGCUCCUUUCCUGAGUUAUGAGCUCUUUCAGUUGCCUAAUUCCCACUGUAUGUCGUGGCAUGCUUGCAGGAAACUGUCUUUUUUUAAACUUCCCGUUAUGUGGGAUACCGUUGGAAAACCACUCUGGGAAACUGUUGUUCCCCUUGCAGGUAAGAUCUGCUCUUGACAGAAGUUUUUCUUUUCUUUAUCAAUUCAGAUAGAGCUACCAACCCUCUGAACAAGGACCUGGAAUGGGACAGCAUUAAUGCUUUCUGUGACCAGCUCAAUAAGGAACUAGAGGGGUUAGUAUACCUAAUCUGUUGCCCUACAGAUUAUAGAUAGAUUAACUGUUUUGUCUGUGGAUGCCACUCAAGAAGUAGCCUGAGUCACUCCAAAUAACUGGUUAAAUGAGGGGCUUCUAGAAAAGCAUUCAGAAGAAGCAUGUGGCUGCACCAGCACCCUGUUGUUUCUGCUCUUCUGGUUUUGUGUUUUGUCAUCCCCCCCCCCCCGUCAUUUGUACAUUGAUGUCCUAAGACUUUGGUUCAUUUUCUUAUUUUACAUGAAACUGCAUUUCCUCUCAUUGGGAUAACAUUUGUGGGGGGUGUUAGAUAUUAAAAAUGGGAACCUACUUCUUUGUGAAGUAGUCAGGUGUUGGGGGAUGAUGGAAUGACAAAUAGAAAAAGGAAUUAGUUAAAGAAGACAUGGUUUAUUGGAUGGGUAUGCACAAAAUCACAUCUGAAAAGGUUUGAUGGCACAGUAUGCAUGCAGAGUUAGAGAAAUACAUUGUGUGGGGUAAACCUGUUUAAAUGCUAUGGGGAUUUAGCAGAUUGCAAAAAAGAAUUGCUGUGCUGUGUGGGUGGGCUAUAAUAAACAGAUAGUGUAUAAGGAAAUGGGAACAUGGCACACCUCUCUUUGUCAGUAGUGAGUCAGGUUUCACAGUGUGGCCAUUCUGGGUUACUGGAGUCUUUGACUAAGGUCUUGAAUUAGGAUUAUGAAUUCAUCAUGGGAUAGACUAUUCAGACCCCAGCCAGCAUGGAAAGGGAUGAUGAGAUUUGUAGUCCAGCAUCACUUAGAGGGCACCAUGUUGGCUACACCUACUCUGGAGCAACAGAAAACAAAUUUGACCUAUAAUCUGCUCAAAUUACUACUAUUUCAAAUUACUUCUAAUGUAUUUCAAAUUACUGCUGCUACAUAUCUUCCAAACCUGAGACCUUGAAAUUAUGGUAUGGGAAACCACAGUAAAUUACAUAAAGCCUUUCAGUAAAAUGCCAAAACCGCUGAUCUGUCAGGGGCAAUUCCAUUUCAGAAACCUAGGCAACCUCAGUUGCUUCAGAUGCUGCUGCUGCCUGGCCUCUGGGGGCUGCCUAACAACAACUGCUAAUGGGAUCAGCUGAGCUAGGAGGGACAGGCAGAGACAGUGGCUGGGUGUCUUGGCUGCAAGCCCAAUUCUGCUGUAGCUGGAGAGUGCUGUAAACCAAACUGCAUCAAAAGUGUGCUGAAGCUGCUGGAGCUAAUUGGACUGUGAAAUAAAAUGAACACGGGAGUAAAAGAAGGCAUCCAACAGGUCCUACAAACUGCAGCACACACAGGAGUUAAAGCCAGACCAUUUGCCCCAAGUGUUUUCACAACAAGAUCUUUAUCACAGCAGCAAGUCCUUCAGUAACCAUUCCUGUGUCUUAUCAUUCAGCCCACCGCUUGCCACUCGACUUCUAGCCCACAAGAUCCAGUCUCCACAAGAAUGGGAAGCCAUUCAGGCUCUUACGGUAAGAGAUUGUGAACCAUUUCCUGCCAGUUUUAACUAAAGCAGGCGUGUGGAACGGUUGGCCCUCCCGAUGUUGAUGAACCACAACUCCAGUCAGCCCUAGCAAGAAUGGCCAAUGGUCAGGGAUGUUGUGGAGUUUUAGUUCAGCUGCAGUUGGAGGGCCAAAGGUUCCCCACACCUGGACUAAAGGCUGGAAGGAGGGAGGUGAAGUUUCUGUGUGAAUAUCUCAGUCUGGGGUGUUAUAACUACGUUUUGGAUGCAGCCUUGGGCAGGGGUUGACCAAAGCUUAACACGAAUCUAUUCGAAGGUGGAGGCAGUUGGCUAAGGAGGGUUGAUGAGUCCCCCCACUGUAUAGCAGCAGGUCAGAUAGUUUUGCCAGAUGCUUUUGUUUUCUCAUGGGAUUCUCAGUAUUUCGGAAGAGGCACUCUAGUCCCAUUGUUUUCAGCACUUCAAGGACAUAGCUGUCAACUUUUCCCUUUUUUUAUUCCGAAUAGGAUGUUCAGCGAUGAUGUGGGGAGUGUUGGCCCAGAGGAGUGGUGAAAAACUUGCUCAAGCCAACAGCCUCCAUUGAAACACUUUGGCAAGUUACAACUGAUUUGUGUGGUUCUAGACACAGGAUCAGUAUAGAAUUGGGGCUUGAAUGGACCUGAUGAUUAUGUACACUAUGUACAUCUCAAUGAAAAAUCAGAUAAGAGAAACAAGUGAACCAACUCUCACAUUGCAGGGAAGGAAGUUUUCCCAGUCCUCCCACUACUGCCUCCAAAGAGAUUAAGAACAAAUAGAUUUCCUAGGCUAAUUUCUGAUCCUCAGAUGGACAAACGUAAAGAUCGUGAAUAAAAAAUCGUUUGCUUACGCCACACAUGGUUUUUUGUCUUGGCUCUUCUAUCCCAGUCUUUCAUACACAGCACUUCCCACGUGCUCAUAAAGCCAGUGCUGUCCUAUAUAAAGUGGAAGAGGAUCCCCCCCACCCUUACAUAUUAUUUAGGAAGUAUUCUAGCCAGUUAUGUUUUCCACCCUAAUGAAGGUCUUUUCAUCCGUGGCGUAAGUAUUCUCUUCCAUUAUUUUACACCAUGGAACCUGACUUCAGUCUCAAUUUUUUGAACUGGUAUUUUCUUGACAGUGGCUCUUGGACUAUUUAAGAAGUAAAUAAAUUGAAAACAGUGCAUACAAGGGCUAGUAAUGGUACUUUUCUUGGACACACAUUGAAGCAUUGUAGAAGAGUUGUUUUAGGUCAUAGUUAUUGAGAUGUAAACAGUUGUCUUAUGUAAAUAGUUGCAUGAUGAAAAAGUGAAUCACAGCCAAUAUAUAUUUUUUCUCCACUUCUGUGAUGUCUCACAAAGCAUCCCAUCUUUUGAAUUUUAUCUUCAGUGAGUAAUUCUGGCAUGAUGGCGAGUGAGACAAGUACUUUUUCACAAGUCCAAUUAUUCUAGUCCUGCUCCUCUUCAUACCACCUCUUUAGAGUCAUGAGCCAGCUCCUUGAAGUCAUGGGAUUAUUUUCUUUCAAAAUAUCUGAGCUCCUUUGAGAAACUGCAUUUCUCUUGUUGAAUGCUUCUUUACAACCAUGACGACUAGGAACUUGCCUUGCCUGUGGCAAUUGUGCAUUACGGUUAUGGCAUAUGGGAUUUGUUCCCCAUCCACACAAAACAGUUGCUUUAGAUGGUUAGGAACAAUAAAAGUGCUUAUAAUUAAAUGAGCGGAAAUGCUAAAUAAAUUGCCAAACAAAAAUUAGGGUACUUAGAAAUAUCACAUUAAAAAGAAAUUCAUAAACUCUCAAUUUAAAAACAUCUGAAUAAAAAUGCCUCAAAUGGUGUUCUAUUUAAAAUGAAGUUUAUAGUCACAACUGGAAAAUCCCUGUUAUUUCUUCCAGCCCCACUCCUUACAUUUGUUUUGUAACAUGAAUUGAGGGGACUAUGACCAGGGUGCCUUCUGCUGAUGUGAUAGAAGCUUUCGGAUUCUAGCAAGAGUAAAUGCAAUUGGCACAUAAGAGCUUGGGAAAGAGUAAAUUCUCAUCUGACUAUUGACAUGUGAAAUAUGGGAUCAGGUGCCUAAUAAGGAUACUCUUGCAGCAUUCAGUGUGUCUAAUGAAUUCUACUCACCUGUGCACACAGCAACGGAGGAGGGCAGGAUCUUUUGAGUCUCUGGGAACAGCAAACAUUGAUCAACACAUGUCAUUGACUGGUUAUGUCAUUAUGCAUGAAGGGAAUGCAAGGAUGAUGGGAACAAACACCUGGAGGGCCGUAGGUUCCCUAUGCCUGGGAUAAGGAGAUUCAGCCCCUACUCAGAGGUGUAUCCCAGAGGUGUCAGGAAGUGGUGGCCAAUUCUGCAUUGAGUUCAGAUGGGAUUCCCUUUGAUUAUUUCCAGCCCUGUGAGAUAGGGAAGGUAACUUGUGCAGGGAGCCACGUGGGAGCUUAAAAUAGGUCUCCAAGGGACCCUAUUAAUAGCUGGAGUAGAUUUACUGGCUGGAUUCAGCCAAACAUCAAUGUAAAGCACAAUGAUGAGGUUCACUGCUGUAAGUAUGGGCAUCUGGAGGACAAAAUGAUAAACAAGGUAGUACAUUUUUUAAAAAACGGGAAGAAACGUGUGAUGUCUUCUGGUACGUAUACUUCAUAGGGUGCUGUUUGUGCCCUCUAUUCCCAGCCCUCUGUUCUAUUGCACCCUGAAGCAGGGAAUGGGAUUAGGGCCUCCUGGGGGUUAGAUAUCCGUGCUCACUCCCUGCUGUCUUGCCCAUGCACAGGUGCUGGAGGCCUGUAUGAAAAGCUGUGGCAAACGCUUCCAUGACGAAGUAGGCAAGUUCCGCUUCCUUAACGAGCUCAUCAAGGUGGUGUCGCCCAAGGUGAGUCCCAUCAGUGGUGUGGCAGGAACAAGAGGGGUGGCGACAUAGGCUUCAUUAAAACAGCAAAGAAGAAACUGUUUUACGCCAUGCAGACUUUUCAGCGGACUUAGAUUCCAGAGCAGUAGAAGGCAAUUUAGGGAUAUACAUUGGCUUUAUGGCAAUAGCGUGGGAAAUCCAGAGCUGCUUGACAGAAUAUGUCUUUUAUUUGUUCCUUUGAUUUGUGUCCUCACUCAUGCUUACAGAAAGCCUCAGGUUGGCAUUUGAAUCCCCCUUCUCCCUUUGUGGGAAUGCUGAAGUAGAGAUCAGAUUCCAUUCUGCCAGCAGCUACAGAUGGUUUGGUCUGGACUCCUUAACUUUCAAAAUACAGCACAGGGGUAAAUCCUCACUUUCCACUCCAACCAAGUACACAAAAUGUCACCUUGAGCUUGUUACAAAGCUCUCUGGGACCACAGUGCAUGCCUUUCUCCCAGUAUAAAUUCCUCCUCUAAGUCCCGUCAUGUUUGAUGUGGGUGUGUGCUUGUUUCCCUCAGUAUCUAGGAAGCCGAACCCCAGAGAAAGUGAAAUCCAAGAUCUUGGAGCUGUUGUAUAGUUGGACGUUGGGCCUGCCUCAUGAAGUAAAGAUUACAGAGGCCUAUCAGAUGCUGAAAAAACAAGGUGAGAGACCCUUUCUGAGCCCAGAGAAUCCAUGGCUUCCCCAACCCGCCCCCAGCUAUGUGUUCUGAUGCAGAAGAAUGUAGCUUGUCAAGCUUUAUUUAUUUGUUUUUUACAUUUUAUUUCCCAACUUUGCCUCCAGGGAACUCAAGGUGGUAUACCUGGUUCUCCCCCCCGCCCCAUGUCACCUUCACAUCAGCCCUGUGAAGUAGGUUAGGUUGAGAAAUUGUGACUUGCCCAAUGGCACCUAGUGAGCUUUAGGUCUGAUUAGGAGUUUGAACCCUGGUCUCUCAGGGGCUAGUCCAACCCUCUCUAACCACUACACCAUAUUGGUUAACGUUUUGGCAUUUUUAAAAAAAAUCAUGAACUGCACAUCAGCAGCACUGGAAGGAUAGUAUUAAGAACUGAACAUUCCCUUGUCGUCGUUAUUCCAUAACAAAAACCAUGAGAAAUGCAGAGACCUUUAAGUUGGUAAAAACUGCUGUUUGCUUGCAGGGAUUGUAAAAUGUGAUCCCAAGUUGCCGGACGAUGCCCCCUUCCCGCUGCCUCCACCCAGGCCAAAGAAUGUUAUCUUUGAUGAUGAAGAGAAGUCCAAGGUAAGCACUAAAUAGAUGACUUUAAACUUUUCUCAUUUUUCUUGUUCAUCCAAGAUAGAGUUUUCCACUGGGGGAAAUACUUCCAGGUGCAGAAGGAGCCUCUAUCGGCCCCUUUAAAUUUUCUCAGUUUCUUACCAGCUGCAGUUUGUUUCCCCUGCAGUAACAGGCAAAAGUCUCCUGCCAAAAUGGUGGAAUUUCCCUCUGUAUUCCCUUUAAACAUCUUAAUUUCCUACUUUGUUGCUAAGAGACAAGAAUGUUAUAGCAGGCUACCAAGCUAAAUGUAAGCUACCAACCAUGUGUGGUGGGUUCAAGAGACCUCUUGUUUUUGCUGCCUGCCUGGAACUACCAAACUAGGGGAUCCUUAGGGUUCUGGCAGGUCCCAGUAUAUAGUUGUUGGGCUAAGUGGUUACAAGCUGUAAGGGAGGGGUACAGAAAUGCUCCCAGAGCAGCCUGUUUGCCCCUCAGGACUGCUUUCCUCUGAUCUAUGUGCCUUUGCAGAUGCUGGCUCGCCUGCUCAAAAGCUCCCACCCUGAGGACCUCCGGGCUGCCAACAAACUUAUCAAAGAGAUGGUUCAGGAGGUAAGCUUUCCCCACUGAGAACAAUUUCCACCUCCAGCUGUCAACCAGGUUUGUGCCAUUUUGUGCCAUUCUGCUCUUUUCCAAGGGAUCUUAGAGCAGAGUCGUAUCCCCACGGCAACCCUGUGACGUAGUUCAGGUAGUGAGUUGCAUAUCUGUGCAGGGAUUUGAACCCGGAUUCCAUUCUGUGUCAAGCCCUCGUCCCUCCGUCCACAUUGGGUUGAGGGGAGGAACAGUAAAAUACCUGGCUGGAGCAGAGCAAGAAAAUGGGUGGUGUGUUUUUACCUGUUCCUAGGUUGUCCUUUGCUGUUGUGCUGAGGGGUGGAGGGGGAAAGAGAUUCUUGAGCUUCAGAAGUACAGUUUGCUGUUGUAAAAGGAGCUGUAAUAGUUCUCUAUAAUGCAGCUGGGUAAUGUCCCCCAGUGUCCAGGGUGUUGUGGCAUUCUCCCAGCAUGCAGCGGUGUCGGUGGUGUAAAACUGGAGGGUCUCAAAUCGCUGUCCAAACCAGAGUCCCUUCCAGGUGGCAUUCCAGAAAGUGGGCCACUCAUUCUGAGUUUUCCAGAGGGGUAAGGAAGAAAUCCCAGCUGCUCUCACCCUUCCACUUCUUCCAGGACCAAAAGCGAAUGGAGAAGAUCUCCAAGAGGGUGAACGCCAUUGAGGAGGUGAACAACAAUGUGAAGCUCCUGACCGAGAUGGUGAAUAACUACAGCAAAGGGGAGACGACCGAGAGCAGCGAGGACCUCAUGAAAGUAAGAAAAGAGCUGUCCUAGUUGUGGGAGCUUUUUACAGUGGUACCUCGGAAGUCAAACGGAAUCUGUUCUGGAAGUCUGUUCAACUUCCAAAAUGUUCAGAAACCAAGGUGCGGCUUCUGGUUGGCUGCAGGAAGCUCCAGCAGCCCAUCGGAAGCCAUGGAAGUUGUGUUGGACAUUUGAGUUCCAAAGAACGUUCACAAACCGGAACACCACCUGGGUUUGCAGUGUUCGGGAGCCAAAACGUUUGACUCGCAAGGUGUUCAGGAUCCAAGGUACAACUGUAGCUCCUUCAGCUGGACUUGGUGAAAUUAAUGAUGAUUUCAAAUUGACACAAACCAUAAAUAUCAUCACAGGAAUUUCAGAAACCUCCCCAAAUACAAAACAAUUGUGUUUUUAGACUGUAUAUCAGGAGUGGGGAGCAGGUUCCAGCUGGAGGUCUAGAUCCUGACCAUCCCCCACCCUCGCAGGCCAUUUUGACAAGUGGGCAGGACCUGUCAAUCCUGGCGUCACAAUGACAUCAGGUGAUCCAAUGUAACAGAUUUCCUUUGUGGGCAUGAAUUGAGUUCCACCUGCUGGGGAGGAUCCUUUGCGUUGCUUGCUUGAAUUCAGGUUGGCAGUGCAAAGGAAUAUUUGCACUGAAAGCAAGCCCUGCUUUGGAUCUUGCUCUAACUGUUGAUCUCAGCCGGGCUUGCUGUCCAGGGCCAGUCUGGUUCUUGCCACUGACAGCAAGUCUCCUUUGGUUCUUGCCACUGACAGCAAGCCAGAAGCAUUUUUUAAGGUUCCCAGGUGUUCCUUGUGCCGUUUCUCUACCUGACCCACACGUGACAUCACCUGCGAUAUCAGGUGUGGGCAGGUGUGUGAGACUUGGGGGGAGGGGAACGAACUUGUGAGCCAAAUUGCGAUCCCUGCUGUAUAUAACUCCAAGAGAGCAUAUUAUGAAACCGACUCUUUCCCCAUUGCAGGAGCUGUACCAGCGUUGUGAGCGCAUGAGGCCCAUGCUUUUUCGGCUUGCUAGUGAUACAGAGGACAACGAUGAGGCACUAGGUAAAAGCAGUCUGCCACCUUAGAUGGUGACAAGGGCCUUCCUAUUCUUACCCAUACCCAUUCCCAUUCCCACCCCCACCCCCCAGCUUCCCUACUUCCACCUCAUGCUGAGCUGUUCAGGACAGGCUACUUGGAUGGGUGGGUGGAGGUCCUUGAGAAAAUAUUCCAAAUUUCAGAACUGGAUAAGCGAAGACUGUACUUUAAUUGCAUCAGUAGACCCACCAGGAUGACAAUCUAACUCUCAGUAGCCAUCUACAUGCUUUUAGCAAUGCGGUACAUUCUUCUUGUGGAAAAUCGAGUUUUAGGCUUCAACAUUCACACACAUUCUUGUUGAAUAAUGGGGUGCUGGGGCACCCUGUGAUCAUUAUCUUUGUCCUCCUGUUGCAGCGGAAAUUUUGCAAGCCAAUGACAACCUGACGCAAGUGAUCAACCUCUACAAGCAGCUUGUGAAAGGAGAGGAGAUCAAUGGUGAGACUGCGGCUGGUUGUCUCCCAGGUAAGGAAGCCCAAGGAACGGACUGCCCUAAAGGGAAGGUUUUGCUUUGUCCUUUCCAAAGCAAGAACCUGACCGUGAAAUUGGUUGGGCAUCCAAACUUGCAAUUACGGAAGUGGAAGGAGGAAGGUCUUGGCAAUAGGGCUGGGUCAGCUGAGCAGAAAAUAUAGGAAACGGGGUUGUGGAACAAGCAUCUAACUAGCAUAAUUGACUUGCUUGCCUCUUCUCAUAGGCAGCACUUCAGCACUUCUGGAUCUAUCCGGACUCGACAUGCCAACCACAAGCCCCUCCUACCCAGCCUUACCAAGCUUCUCAAGUGGUGGCUCAGCAACUUCUGUGCCAGAGCAGACCAGCUCCGUCUCUCUGCUGGAUGACGAGCUCAUGUCAUUAGGUGAGUCCAGGGAAACUCUGAAGCCACCGGGAAAUGGAAAGUGUCUGGCGUUCAAGGAGUACGCAGAAUGGGGCUGGGGCAAAACGGGAAGAUGUUUGUGAUCAUGAAAUGUAAGGGGGAAACUGGUUAGUUUCUCCACCAAACCUGGUGGGAGUAGGGGAGGACCUCCUCCUCCAGUUUCUCUGCUGUACAUAUUUAUUUAAAACACUACCCCUUCUGCCCUCCAUAGAGCUCAACACCUUUAAAGACAAGGACAAAAACCACAUAUUAACAAUCUAAAACAACUAUUGCAGGGUAAGAGUGAAACAGGAGCAAGAAAUAACAGAAUACAACAGUAAUCUUUAAAAACACACCUACCCACCACCACCACCAUUCUGUAAGAGAGCACCUCAGAGCCCAAGGAAGGCUCUACCAGUUUGCAGAAGGCCAUUAAGGAAGAUGAGAGGUGGCCUUCCCUGAAAGGGUGUUCCAAAGGCAAGAUACAGUUUACAAACCUCUGCCUGGUCCUACGCUCUUUGGAUUCUCCAUUCUGGCAUCAUGGGAUCUCCUUUAUCUUUUUCUUCUCCUCUCUAGGGCUUAAUGAUCCAGCAACUCCCUCAGCCCAGGGUACAGAUAACAGUGGCUGGAACAAUUUUCAGGUAAGGGCUUGGUUUUUAGAAAAUAUUAAUUUCUUUUAAAGAGAAUUCAGAACCCUUUUGGGAUGGGAGAAGAACUGCAGCUGAUGCUGCAGGUUUUUCAAGGAGGAAAGAAGGUCACCUGUAAGGCCAAACUAUUCAUUUUCUCCACUGAAUUUGUCCUAUGAAACCUGCACGUGGAUGAUCACAACUGAAGAUUGCAUGUGUGUAUUUUUGCUCAGAGUGCAUAUUCUGAAGAACUGAAACUGACUAUAUUCCCACAGCAUGUGUACAAGGGCUGGUGGUGGGGAAACAUGCAUACAUACAUACAAUCAUUAAAUAUGGCAAUCUGUGUGUGCAUGUGGUUUCUAUGUAGAAGUAACGUAUGAAGGAAAUGCUGUAAAUUCUGAGGUAGUUCUCAUCAUCUACUACCACUUCAGGAUGUUGGCUCUUCAACUUGGAAUGGGGGGAACUUUCAGUCGGACUAGAACAAAGCUCCAUUGCACAUGAAAACCAAUCUCCCUGCUCCUAGUGGUCUUUGUGAGAGGAAGGGGAAGUCCUGCUUUCUUGGAGUGGAGAGAAAAGGAUUGAAGUAGCUUGAGGCUGCAGCUUCCCUUCAUCAUAUGAAGUCUCCAGCAAAUGGAGAGUUGCCUCUUAUUUUUGUGGGUGAACAGGCAUUUCCCUCUAUUGCUUGAGAGUGCACAUUAAUCUCUGACUGCUGUAUUGUUGGUAUGUAUGGGACCUCCUUUUUAGCUCCAUGCCUCAGCGCCAAACCUUGUAGUAAUAACAUUCCCAUCAUCCCCAUCAUUCCUUGAGUGGUGCUGUCAGUAUGGGGCUUGUGCAAGUCUGCUCUGUGGAAAUGUACAAACUUGCAAACCACUGCAGUCCUUCCAGCUGUGUUCUGAAGCAGGAUCACAGUAGUUUGCCAGAGCUGUCAUCGUGUGUCGAAGGCCAUGUAUUGAACUGUGUUCUUUGUACUGGGUGGUAAUAUUGCUGAUCUCCCUGCCAAGGGGUUUUGCUUCAGUUUGCUUGCUCUUGGUUGCAUUGCUGUUAGUUCUUCUCUUUCCACUGCAGUCUUCUGACAGCCCUGAACUUGGCGCGCCCCCAGUCCCACCCACCCCAGCGGGGAAAGCUGAUGCUGGACCACCUGCUACGACACCUGCUGCCAGCGGCAUGGAUGACCUGGAUCUGCUGGGCAAGACUUUGAUGCAACAGUCUCUUCCCCCAGAGUCUCUGCAAGUCAGAUGGUAGGAAGCAAGGUGGGGAAGGGCCGGCUGCGAGGAGGGAGAGCAGCUUCUGGCUGAAGUGGAAGCCCGUCUUCCUGCUCCUUCUCUCAACAGCUUGUGUCUCUCUUGCCCACUUUGCAGGGAGAAGCAGCCCCCGCCACGGUUGACACUGCGCGACCUCCAAAACAAGAGCACUUCCAGCCCAGCUGUGAGCACCAGCAGCGCCCUGCCUCUCUUCCCGAGCCUCUCUUCAAACCCUCCUGCCCCCUUGCCCCUGUCCUCCGAGCAGCCAGCACCUGCCGCAGUCCCUCGGGGGCCCCCAACACCUUCUGGAGCCACGCUCCCCACAGCGGGUCUCCCUGCUUCCACAUCCCCCCUGGAAAUCUCACUGACAAACGUCACGGUGCCUCUGGAAUCCAUCAAACCAAGUGAGUCUGGGCAGAGGUGGAGGGUGGCCUUACCCUGGGACAGGUGGCUUGGCUCAGCUGCUUGAGAUACUUGGGGCUAUUCAUUCUGCAAGCACCUUUUCUCUCAGAUGGGUGGAAGGGGCUUGAUCUUCGCCAGGGUGGGUUGAUGAAGCUUACCUCCCAGCAAGGUGUUGGACUCCAGGAUGCAAGGCGGUGGCUCUCCUAGUUCUUCUCAGCUCUCUGAUGGACUGGUAGGAAAGAGCACAUAUGCAGGAGGCCGCCAUGUGUUGAAGCCCUUCUUGUAAAUAAGUCUCAGCCCAAGAAGGUCUUCUGCACCUGUUGCGAAGCAUCUUCACUUGCCCCGACGUUUAGAGGCUAGGUGUUAGCUGGGAGCAGGGCCGUCUUUAGCAUAUGUGCUGCCGGGGUGCAAAGAUCUGCCCAGCGCCCCCAAAUUUAGUUUAGCGAAACACCAGUCGUGUCAAAGGUGCCGCUGCACAGCAGCUCAAUACAAUAUGGAACAUAAUAUUUUGAUGUAAGAGUUCAUUCCGCAUGCACGGCACUGUUGUGAAUGACAAGGGCCAUCGUUGAGUCUGACAAGUACCGCCGUUGUGAAUGAUAAGCACCGCAGCUAGCACAACGUGUCUUUAGUGAAUGAGCACACAAAGUUGAAAGUCCUUUAGUGAAACGGUAGGUAUACAUUUCGGUAAUACCUAGGUGUAUAUGUAUUUUGUUUUUCUAGCUUGCUCAAAAUUGUUUAUUAUUUCGUAACAGGUAAAUAGUUAAGAGCUUAGGCGGCUCCAGUGGCGGGCGCCUGGUGCCCCCCAGAAUUCGGCACCUGGGCGCCCUGCACCCCUUGCACCCCAGGGUAAAGACGGCCCUGGCUGGGAGGAGACUGUGGGGAAGGACUUAUGGUCUGCUUUUCAGUAUUGAAAUUGACGUGUCUUUGCCUCUUUACAAACCUGUUGCUGCCAGCCUUUGCUGCAUCUGAGAAAGGAUGCACUAUUAACUUAAACAGCGUUAAACAAGGAGAUUGAGUUACAAGCUGUUCUCAGCCUUGUUUGGGCUCCAGAGGGCGCCUGUGGCAGCACAAUGGGUCAGUGUGUCUGGCAGCUAACCAGAAGGUUGGUGGCUUGAGCCCACCCAGGGACAACUGGGCAGAAUUCCUGCAUUGCAGGGGGAUGGACUAGAAGACCCUUGGGGUCCCUUCCAACUCUACAGUUCUAUGAUUCAAAUGUUAUAAUGUCCAACAUGUAAUUGCGUUUAGCCAGCGAGUGAAUUGUUUGCUUCUGUGGAAUGAACCAAUCCUCUCUUUUCUGUUUUGUGGUUCUCCUGGUAUGUCUUUGCUCCAGGCAACAUCCUGCCGGUGACAGUGUAUGACCAGCAUGGAUUCCGCGUCCUUUUCCACUUUGCCAAGGACUCCCUGCCUGACCGGCCUGAUGUGCUAGUAGUGGUCAUCUCCAUGCUCAGCACAGCCCCCUUGCCCAUUAGGAACAUCAUCUUUCAGUCUGCCGUCCCCAAGGUAUUUUAUUGACUUACUUCAUUCAUAUCCUGACUUCCUUUCGGUGCAGGAUGCAAAGCAACUCACAGCAUGAAUUUAAAAAGAUGCAACCAAAACCACAGAUAAAUAUCACUAAAAGCAAUUUAAAAAGUAACUCUUAUUAUAAACAGGUUCUAGUGCAACACACUAACCGCUACUCCACACUGCUUUGAGAAGGUGGAGGAAGACAGCAGGCCUGCAACCCUUCCCCGGGCCCCAUGAACACUACCUGUGCAAUCUUCAUACAUUCCUCUUGCCUCCAUUUUUGAUAACUUAGGAGUGGGAGGCGGUGUAGCUCUGUGGUAAUAACCAUGCUUUAUUUUCAGAAGGUCUCAGGUUCAUUCCCCUGGCAUCUCCUGUUAAAAGGAUCUUGAAAUAUCAGAGCUAAAACAGGGAAGAUCCUGCCUGAGACCUUGGAGUCCUGCUGCUAGUUGAACAAAGAUGUCCAUGGGCUUUGUCUGCCAGUGGUCUGUUUUAUACAAGACGAUUUCAAAUUUUGGCCCAGCGGUCAUUUGCUGCCAACCCCCAUGCCAGCGGUGUGGGACCAGCGUUGGGCUUCAAUUCCCAUCAUCCUCAGCCAGCAUGGCCAGUGGUCAGGAAUGCGGAUGGCAGGAAAUUGUAGUCCAGCAUCAUCUCAAGGGUUGUGGGUCUGAGACCCACAUUGGGCAAAAAGAUUCUUUGCAUUGCAGGGGGUUGUGUCUCUUGCAACUGUACAGUUCUAUGAUUCUAUGUACUCAGUUGUAUAUUGGCACUUGUACUGUAAAGUUUAGCUGUAUUUGGAACACCAAAUGUGAGGACCCUGCCCCCUAAAACAGUCAAAGAUCGGGAAAAGUAUUGGUCCGGUUUACAUUUCCUGCCGUCCACUGUGAAAAAGAAAGAGCCAGGUUUCUUAAAUCCUGAGCCCAAAGCACCCAGAUUAUUGCAUUAAAUCAAGGUUCUGGCACUAGGGGGAGCUGUUUUCACAGCAGCGUAGAUGGAGACACAACGUGGAAGACUCUAACCAGGUGACCUUUCCAUCUUGGCUGCUUAGAAGCAGGUUUAUGAGAUUCUCCAGUUUGUGCUCUUUGACAGCUUCAGGCCAGUCACUGAAUCCUCCUAAUGCACUCUCGUUUCUGUAGGUGAUGAAAGUGAAGCUGCAGCCACCCUCGGGGACAGAGCUCCCGGCAUUCAACCCUAUUGUGCCCCCCACUGCAAUCACCCAGGUCCUCCUGCUUGCUAACCCACAGAAGGUAAUGGCACCUCGGCAGAGGGGUAGGGUGGGCGGCAUUUCUUCUCCUAUCAGCGUCAAACUGCUAAUGCCCUGCCAGCAUUUUUUCUUCCCCCUCCCUCCUUUAUUAAGAGCCCUGCGGGGUCAGGGCAGUUGUGCUUCGAGUCCGCCACCUUUUUCCCAGAUGCCUUUAGGAAACCCUCAAGCACGACCCCCUGAGCGCAAGAGGCACCCCAUAAGAAGGGAAACCUCACCUGUUGCUCAUCUUUCCCUCUGUCCAGGAGAAAGUAAGACUACGAUACAAGCUGACCUUCACCAUGGCCGACCGAACCUACAAUGAAAUGGGCGACGUGGACCAGUUCCCCCCUCCAGAGUCAUGGGGCGACCUUUAG